AUGACAACGAAUGUGAUGUCACCUCAGAGCCCGCUAGGAUCAACAAAUGCUGCCAACAACAACAACAAUAACAACAACAACGACAAUGAUCACUUGUCCCAAGUCAAACAGCAGCAGCAACAACAACAGCAACAAGCCUCCUCCAUAGCGGCCGCUGCAGCAGCCGCCAUGUACAUCGAUCCCAUGCGCUAUCAUAAUGCCGCCGCUGCUGCCCACCAUCAUCAUCAUCAGCAUCCACACCUGAAUCCCGCCCAUCAUCCACAUCUGUUUCACACCAGCGAUCAGGCGCUGCAGCACUCCUCGUCAGCGGCUGCAGCGGCCGCCCAUCAUCAGCAUCUGCAACAACCGCAAGCCUCACCGGGAGCCGGCAGCACAAGCGGCGGCGUCUUGCAAGCCUCCUCCUCGGCAGCCUCGCCCUCCUUCCGUCUCGUCGGCGUUGGGGGUCAGUGGUGCAGCUGGCAUGCAUCACCUGAACUUGAAUCCGCACUCGCUGCACCAUCAUCAGCACCAGCAACAGCAUCACCAUCAUCAGCAGCAACAGCAACAAUUGCACGCACGCCGUCUCUUCGAGUGGAGUUUGCAAUUUGGGGCAGCCGCCGCCCCGGGCGCAGCGGUAAGGCACUUCAAUUCGUUCGGUGGAUCCGGAGAAUAGCAUACAUCAGCUGCUGCUGCGGCAGCAGCUUCAGCCGCUUGGUUUGGCUAUGAGUCGUCCUAACUUGAGAGAACGAACCAACGAGCAGCUGGACAACGCAGAAAGCUAACAGUAGCAGGAUCGGGAUCGGGAUCGGGAUCGGGAUCUGGCCUAGCAGCUCAAAUGGUGUAGCCAAAAAUUUUUGGAGCAUUGGCAUUUUGCCAAAAAGUUUUUGGCUAGGCAAAUUUUGGGCUCUUCUCAACAGAUGGCCGGGCCAAGCAUUGCCAUGUGCGGAGCCUAAGCAGACUAAGACCCAGGAGAUGUGUUUGAGACCCUAUUAACAGUGCUUGGCUUGGCCAUCAAAGCCUUUCCCUUCGACCCCCCCCCCCCACGAACUGAGAGGUGAAGUUUAGUACUUCAGCUGAACCAGUGCAUUAGUCUGUGUUAAAAUUAAGCUAAAAAUCCUUUUUUUUUAAGUGAGUGCGGUUUUUUUUUGCCAACGAGGCAUGAUUGUAAACUAGAUGAGAAAGAAUUCUUAAAGAAAUUUUUUUUUGUAAAACUCAACACUGAGAGAAAAAGUUUUUAAAAAACUUUCUAAAAAAUAAAAAAAUUCGAAAAUUUUUUUUUUUUUUUUAAAAAGGCAGAGGAAAAAAAAAACAAAGGCAAUUCAAAUCAAACGAGUUACAAAGUGAUGUUUUAUAAACCCUAUUUUUAUUUUUUGUUUUUUUUUUUUUUUGAAUUUUUUUAUGUAAAUUUUUGUUUAAACAAAAAUAUUUUCUUAGACGGGCAACGGGCCAGAGAAUUGAAUUGAAACGCAACGAAGUUAUGGUGACGGGAAGUAAAAAAUCUAUACAGAAAAAAAGUGUUUAACAAAAAUCUCUAAGAAGAAACUUCAAAACAUGCUGAACCAACGUUCCGUUACAACAAUGGCUGCGGUGGCAAGGUAAAGUCUUUUCCAAAUCACAUUUCUUUUCUCAGAACCACAACCACAACCAACACACUUUGACACUUUGACUUCCAAACGAUUUUCUAAACUCCCAAAAACUUCAUUACGUUUCAUAUCAGAAAUCCAAAGGCCUCGCAUUGCCCCAGACAAAAAAAAACCGACUAGGUCCCCAAAACAAAACUCUUGUGUAUAUAGUUAAGUCAUUAGAACGUAGGCAACUUUUUAACCUUAAACAGCAAAUAUCUCUUACAUAUAUAGAAGAAAAACCGGAAAAAAAAAUAUUUUAAAAAUAUAUAAAAAAAAAAAACUAUCUUUAAUGGAGGCGAGGAAGAAAAAUCAAACUUAAGGCGAAAAGCAAGAAAAAUUUUCUUAGUUAUUCUUAGUCAAAGAAAGGCAUUGUAGGUAAGCCCCCCUCCCCACCCCCAACAAAUUGUAUAAAGCCUGCCACCAAAAUCCCACUUACAACCUGCAAUGCCCUUAGAGGAGGGGAAAAUUGCAAAA